AAUUGUCCUUAUCCUUUCAUUGUCAUUGGCACGAUGCUUUCAUUCAUUAUGUAGGCUGCAUUUCUCAACUUGGAACAGUUGACUAUCACCCACUCAAAAAACUUGGAGAUGAUAUGGCAGAGCAAAGUACAUGCAGAUUCCUUUUCCGAACUGAAAUCUUUAAGAGUUGAAAACUGUGAAAAGUUAUUGAGUAUUUUUCCUUCUACUGAGGUAAUAUGUUUCUCAUUUCACUUUCGUUUUGGUUUUAAUUUUAAGGGCUAAUAAUUGUACUUAUGCUUUCAUUGUCAUCGGCAUGAUGCUUUCAUUGUCAUCGGCAUGAUGCUUUCAUUCAUUAUGUAAGCUGCAUUUCUCAACUUGAAACGGUUGACUAUCACCCACUCAAAAAACUUGAAGAUGAUAUGGCAUAGCAAAAUACAUGCAAAUUCCUUUUCCAAACUGAAAUCAUUAGCUGUUGAAAACUGUGAAAAGUUAUUGACUGUUUUCCCAUCUACUGAGGUAAUGUGUUCCUCAUUUCACUUUUGUUUUGGUUUUAAUUUUAGGGACUAAUAAUUAUCCUUAUCCUUUCAUUGUCAUUGGCACAAUACUUUCAGUUGUUAUGUUGGUUGCAUUUCUCAACUUGGAAGAGUUGACUAUCACCCACUUGAAAAACUUGGAGAUGAUAUGGCAGAGUAAAGUACAUGCAGAUUCCUUUUCCAAACUGAAGUGAUUAACAGUUGAAAACUAUGAAAAGUUAUUGACUGUUUUUCCUUCUAUUGAUGUAAUGUGUUCCUCAUUUCACUUUUUUUUUUGGUUUUAAUUUUAAGGGCUAAUAAUUGUCUUUAUCCUUUCAUUGUCAUUGGCACGAUGCUUUAAUUCAUUAUGUAGGCUGCAUUUUUCAACUUGGAAGAGUUGAGUAUCACCCACUUUAAAAACUUGGAGAUGAUAUGGCAGAGCAAAGUACAUGCAGAUUCCUUUUCCAAACUGAAGUCAUUAACAGUUGAAAACUGUGAAAAGUUGUUGACUGUUUUUCCUUCUAUUGAGGUAAUGUGUUCCUCAUUUCAUUUUCCUUUUGGUUUUAAUUUUAAGGGCUAAUAAUUGUCCUUAUCCUUU